AUGGCUGGGACAAAGGUGCCUUGGAAGGCCAUCUGGCCUUGUGCUACCAUGGUGCUGCUGAUCUACAUCUACCUUGCUAUGGACAUCUUGCCAACUGACUCGAUGGACUACGAGCGACUCAAGGAGCAGGACGAGGAGGAGCAGGAGGAAGAGGAGGAGGAGCUUCCCCACCGCGUCCAACGCCGGGAGGUCGACCGCAGGGAUCCGGCCCUGGUCUUGGCAGCAGUGCUCUACUGGGUGGUGAUGCCCAUCGCUCUGGUCAGCCUGGGUUUUGGAGCAACCUGCGAGGAGGGUCCACCAAACUUGGCUUACAUCACCUACGGAGUCUUCUUUGCUGUACAUUUCGUCUGCAUCUUCCGUGCCAUGCUAGGGUCUUUACGCAAGGACCUCCACAAAAGCACUCCGAAACUCGUUUUCAUGCUUGGCCUUGCAGCGUUGGAGCACUUUGACAUGGCCUCGGAUGCGCUCUUCACUGGCACAUCCGCUGCCUGCAGCGAUUCAAUCACGAGUCUCUGGCUGCAAUCCUGGCACGAUGUCCCCGGCGGAGGGCUCAUGGUUCCGAUGCUCUCUAAGCUGGGCUUCUCCGGCGUGGCACUGUUCAUUACGAACGCCUACCUGCCACAGCUGCUGUCGGUUUGGGCUCUCUUCGCUCCCUUUGUGGCGCUGGUCUUCGUGCUCCUGGUGAUGCUUUGGGCAUCCUUCGGCUGGCUCGUCGGCUUGGCGGCAAUGUUAGCCGUCUACGCGUUGGUGAUCUGCAGCCCCAUAGGGAGGGAACAGAUGGGCGUAUUCCACCAGGAGGUCGACUCUGAGGACCGUCGCCUUGCCUUAUUUGUCGGUGCCGAGGUUGCUGAACUCCCAGCAAAUGGACCACAAAGCAGUUUGGGAAGAGUCAUAUUCUUCCUCGGCACGAAGCUCGUGCUGGAGAACUUGCUACAGCUGUGGCUGCAAAGCUCCUACUUGUCCCUCUCCUUCGGCCAAAUGGACACCUUUGCUCGCUGGCAGGCGCUGGCCUCCAUCGGUGUGGGACUCCUUGUUGCAGGUGGCAAGGGAUUGCAGAUCUCGGCAUUCGUAGUGCCACUACUUGCACGGUAUGCUGGCGAGUCUGUCCGACGAUGUAACAUCAUCUUCCUGGUGAUCUUCGGUGCCGUCCCGGUCUUCAUGAUGCUGGGCGGGUUCGGAGGUCUCGCGUGGGUUUUGGCGAAGGUGAUCUUCAUCUUCCGGUGCGACUCGCACGUUUGGAACCUCUCCACCGGCUGCGUCAGCCCGCAGACGUAA